AUGGAAGCUACAGACGCUGCUUCGGCAGACCUGGCUGACUGCAGCUUGGUCUCUGUGGAUUCGGAGAUACUCAAGCUACGACGGGCAAGCUCCAGGGUAUGGUCAGAUUUGCGAGGAGCCUUCAAGGGGAUUGGGAAAAGUAAGGAUUAUGAUAACGAGGAGCAAGCGGCGAGACUAAUAUCAGUAGCAGGUUCGCAUAGCUCGACUGCCUUCGAAUGCCGACCAGAGGAUGCUCAGUCGGUGCUUGUCAAACGAGACCAUCGAAUCCGAGAUGCGUCGCCCACUAACAAAGAAAAGGCCAUGACGCCAGCCGAACUCGUGAAGCGCCUGCGGCUGGAUACGUGGAGCAUUACACCAAACACAACAGGAUUUCUUGGGAGUGCUCCGUCAAGACACCGACGUCGACGUAGUUCGGCGCAAGCCCCCAAUAACACGCACGCCGCCAUGGGAGCCGAUGCGCACACCCCGUUGGCGAAUACUACGGCCGAACAAGUCCCAGCGGAUACCAGCGCAUCUCGCAAGGUAUCGAUGGAGUCACUUACAUCAAAUUCGAGCAAAGACGGCCUCAAACGGCGCAAAACUCGCCGGUUUCUUCGUGCCAAGUCGAACCCGGAGACUCUAACCACUAUCAAGGAAUCAAACCAGGACACAUUCACGCCUACCAUUCUAACGACGGAGAAAGCGGCCGCGGUCAAAAUCAGUAUGGAAACAUACUACAAUGAGUUGCUAACCAUGCCAAAUGCGCGACUGCAUCGGCGGCAUAUCUUAGAAGGGCAGCUCUUCUACCAUCCGCAAAUGUCAUUGGCGGAGAAGGACGCAAUUCGGCGGGCAUUCUUCCAUCAAGAGUCUUGCUACCUUCGGCAGUGUCGCACUCUCAAAGGUCAAAGCCAAAAGCGACGGCUUUGCAAGAACAAUGCCUUCUCCGGGCAAAACUUCGAGCCGGUUCAGAUUUUGGGCAAGGGCAGCUUUGGGGUGGUGCGACUGGUUCGCGAGAAAAAGACAGACCCUCACAUGCCCUCGCAAGUCUUUGCUAUGAAAGUGAUUCGCAAGUCUGAAAUGCUUUCUAGCAGCCAAGAGGGUCAUUUGCGCGCAGAGCGCGAUUUUCUUGUGGCAGCGGAGGGGUCAAACUGGGUUGUGCCACUUGUGGCAAGCUUCCAAGAUUUUACCAAUCUCUACCUUGUGAUGGAGUAUAUGCCUGGCGGAGACUUUCUCGGAAUGCUCAUGCGGGAGAAUGUGCUGCACGAAACGAUAGCUCGUUUUUACAUUGCCGAGAUGAUCUUGGGCGUUGAAGAAACGCAUCGGCUUCAGUUUAUCCACCGAGACAUAAAGCCAGAUAAUUUUCUGAUAUCGGCCUCUGGACAUUUGAAGAUUUCUGACUUUGGUCUUGCCUUUGACGGCCACUGGUCGCACGAUGCGGCCUUUUACAGUUGGCAUCGUCAUUCUCUAUUUCAGCACUGUCGGCUGUCAACCGACGACAAGUACGUCAAGGAUGAUAGUGGAACGGGAGACAGUAAUCGCACCAAGAACCUCGAACCGAAUGAGAUGACAAAAGGGUGCAAGACUGCAUACGGCAAUUUGACUCGUUUCAAUCCCAGAAAUAGCACCAGAGGUCGCGCAACGGCAUACUCGGUCGUGGGAACAAGCCAAUACAUGGCGCCCGAGCAUAAAGACCGAUGCCCGCCUGGGCCGAACGGAUUGACGGACGUAUUUGGCCGACACGUGUUUGCGGACGAUGCCGAGGAUAUCAAAGAUCACCGGUGGUUCAAGCAUUUCCCUUGGGACCAAGUACCAAACAUGACGCCACCGUUUGUUCCGAACAUAUCCAGCCCCGAAGACACGCACUAUUUCGAGGAUUCGGAAGCUCCUGACGACUGGUCCGAGUCGAAUCAAGGCACCUGCCUGGGCCCUGGCGAAGUACACGAAAUCCUGAGAGAAUUUCGGCAGUAUGUACAGCAAGUGGCGGUUAGACUAGUGGCGCAGCCGCACAACUCAUCCAGCCUGCGAAUGAUUGACUCUGAGCUGGAAAACUCACCAGACUUGUCAGAGGGAGAGAAACUGAUGCUCAAGCGCUUCAUUCGAAUGUACGGACGACGGCAGCGCAAACGGCCGCGGGAUGUACUUCUGCGAGAUGGCAAGAUCAGGGACGCGGUCAUGGAGGUGAGAAAAUCGUCGGCGUUUGUGGGAUAUUCAUGGAGGCGAAUGCCGCCCUGCGGAUACAUGAUGACUGAGUUGCAGCAAUAA